AUGGGGUGGCCACUCCCAGCAGAGCUUACCGGUAACAUCGUGUCAUAUCUUGCCAAUCCUAUAAACAACCGAAACAGCAAGUUAGAAUUGACUCAAUAUGCUACAGUCAGUCGUGAAUGGCAGGCCCUCGUUGAGGAACGACCCUGGGCUUCUCUUCGUGUGAAGACAGGGAUUCCAUUGGAUCUGAAUAAGUUUGAAGAAGCGACAGGUAUCCCCGGCGACAAUCAUAUAUCCGAAACAUCGAGUUGA